AUGGAAGACGCGUCUGGAUCCUAUCCCUUUGGCGUCGCAACUGCCGACGGAACUCCCCUCCAAAUCGAUGCCGAGAAUGCUGCCGUGAGGGGCAUCAACGAGUGGUCUUGGGGUUCGAUGAGUCCGGGGAUACCCCCUGCGGCCUUUCGUCCCUAUUCCUUGCCCCAGUUCAUGGACCGACCGGGUCCCUACCCCUAUCAAUCCUCAUCGUCGUCAUCCCGUGAGCUCUCGGGCUCAGCUGCCAAAGUCGCCAUUCCCCGCACGACCAGCGCCAGUAGCCAGUCGCAACGCCGGCGCUCGGCGAGAGCCUGCGAGCCAUGUCGACAGCGGAAGAUCAAGUGUGAUGGAAGCAAGCCAGUGUGUCGACAGUGCAUUGAUCACAAUGUCAGCUGCUUCUUCGUGGAUGUAAAGCGUGUCCGCGAUCAGAAACAACUUGGACUCCUAGGCAAGAAGGUUGAACAAUAUGAGCGCCUAUUACAAGAGCUGGAGAAGGAAGUCGAUGAGAAUGCGGCCAGACGCAUCCGAAAAGUCCUUAGGGGCACCGAUAUAUCAUCUCCUACCGACGAUGGCGGCGACUCCGAUUCUUCGAUUUCGUCCAUCGGUUCGCUGGAGGCACUCGACUUAGUUGAGGAAGACUUGAAUCGCAGCGAGAAAACGGUGGCUACGGGCUUCUUUGGGAAGAAUUCGGAAGUCGCUUGGAUGCAGAAACUUGAAGAUGAAGCUAAAAGUCGAAAUCGGAAGAAGGAAGAUUCUACCGAUAUGGAGGACGGGGUGGCUGGCGGGCACACAAUGACGCCGCCGCAGAAGCAGGAAACAGCGAUGGCGGCAAUGAGCUAUUACUUGGAUGACAUCGGUAUUCCAUUGAUGGACUCUGUUGAUCCAUACGCACUUCCCCCAAAGGAUUUGGCCAACCGGUUUUUCACUGCGUUUAUGGACUCGGUCCAUCCGUCAUUCAAUGUCGUCCGCAAGACGGCCUUUGUGUCCCAGUAUCGACAGUUCUUCAGCCAGCCAGCCCAGCCCCCACAGCGUUGGCUAGCCAUCUUGAACAUGAUCUUUGCAAUUGGAUGUCGAUAUACCCAAGCUACGAGUGGCCGUCCAGACAGCGGGGAUUACAAUGAUCUGGUGUACUUGAACCGGGCGCGCAAAUUGACUCUCAGCGAGAACGUCAUCUUUGAGCAUGCGGAUCUUCAGCAAAUCCAGGUCGAAUUUCUGGUAGCACUUUACUUUGUCAGCAAGUGUCAAAUAAACAGGGCAUUCAAGUUCUCCAGUAUGGCCUUCCGAUCGGCCGUGUCCCUGGGAAUCAACCUACGCUUCGUAGACGAUCGUACGCAGUAUCCUGCCAAAGAGGCUCGCAUUCGGCUGUGGUGGUCAAUAUUCCUCCUGGAACAUCUUCUCACUGCGAUCACCGGCCGGGUCUCUUGCGUGGGCGAAAGCCUGAGCGCCACACCACUACCGAUUCCGUACGAAGAGGAAGCGUUCGGCAGACCAGACGUCCUUCCUCUUCUCCAAGACUCCUCCCUGCGCAUGACCCGUCUGAAGCUAACUCUCCUGCAGUCGGAUGAGGAAUCACGCGCCGAUGUAAGCUGGCUUCCGUCCUGCGAACCCAGCCCAUCGCUAUACUUCCACUGUAUCGUGGAUUUAGCCACCAUUACCCAGGCGAUCAUCAACAAAGUCUACAGUAUCCAAGGCCUCCGAGAGCGGGCCAGUCAGGUAGAGCAGCGGAUCCGAAGAUUCAGCUUCAAUCUCGACAUGUGGCUCAGCAAGGUCCCCGAAGCCUAUCGUUUUACCUCGGGCAGCGGUGACCAGUUGGAUCUACCCAGUGACCGUAACGCUCCCUGGAUGCGAGAACGCAUCUCCUUAGCCAUGAGUUACUACAGUUCCCGUCUCACGCUUUGCCGUCCGUGCCUCACACAUACUGGACUGGCGCCGGGCGACCCAUCCCCCGACCCAGCAGUUCCGCCGUCGGCACGGCAAGGCUCGCGUCGCAUUUCCAGCAGUCGCAUGCAAUUCAACACUGCCAUGGCUUUGACAUGCGUCCGCUCAGCUCGGUCCCUCCUCUGCUGUAUCCCGGAAACCCCGGACAUCACAUGGUUGACUACCAUGACCCCCUGGUGGUGCAUUCUUCAUUACAUCAUGCAAGCAACAACAACCAUCCUUCUCCACCUAUCCAGCUGGCCCACCAGACUUCCCAACGACCCUAUGCACCAAGUCUCCGCCGACAUCGAAGCUACAUCCCGAGAGACCAAGAAGGCCCUGCGCUGGCUGCACCACAUGGCCUACAAGUAUCCCGCCGCCCGACGUGCCUUCCGCCAAUGCAACAGUAUUGUACGACGGAUUACCCCAAGCCUAGGCAUUGAUAUCAGUGACAUCCCCUCCGGCAAAGACCUACCCACUGAGGACGAUGCGUAUCAUUUGCGAGAUAUUGACAAUACCCCGAGUUCCCGCGCCGGGAGUAUGGAGUUUGAACGGCAUCACUAA